UAGAAUUCCUUAGAUAUUCCAAGUAAAUGCAAUUUAUGUGUUUGAUUUGAUUACUUGUUUAAGCUGAUGUGCAUGAUGUUCAUUUGUUUGUAUUAGGUUAUAGGCUGGUAAGUUCUGUGCUGUGGUUUAUUUCGGUUACAUGUGGGUCACAUCACGUUCCAGGUUUAUUGCAGCCUUCAUUGGAGCGAGUGGCCAUCGAGGCCCUGCAGCUCUGCACGUUACUCCUGCCGCCUGCCAGUCGCCGCAAACUACAGCUACUCUUGCGAAUGAUCUCGCGCAUGAGCCAGAAUGUGGACAUGCCGCGGCUGCAUGACAUCAUUGGAACGCGGACUCUGUUGGUGCAAACGUUCUCUAGGUGUGUCUUAAGUUGUGAGGAGGUGGGUGACCUGGACGAGCUCUUGGCUACAAGGCUGUUGUCGUUUCUCAUGGAUCACCAUCAGGAAGUCCUGCAGGUGCCUGUGUACCUGCGCAAUGCUGUGGAAGAUCAUAUCAACUAUCUCAAAUCACUGACCACAUGCGUAGGCCCUGGUGUUGCCAUGCCGACAUACUCGUACUGCAGGCAGAUCAGCACUCAGGAGUUUGAAGAGCAGAAACUGUCCGUGUCCCAAGCUGCUCUUGCUGACCUCCUGGAAAAUCUUAUAAAGGACAAGACCAUGUCUGUAAAAGAGAAGAAAAAGAAGCUAAAACUGUUUCAGAAGGAAUAUCCUGACAUCUACUUGAGACGUUUUCCCACAACAGAGAGUGAAGCUCAGCUUUUUGCAGAUAAACCAAAGAUAAAACCUCCAAUGCUGUUAAGCCUCAAGAAACCAAAAACCUUAAGUAUUCGAAACUGAGUACCUCAUGAAUGAAUGAUAUUUUGGGAGACUGAGUUUAAAGACCUUUACCUGAUCUUUUAACAUUGGAUCGCAUCAGUAUAACCUGAACUGUAACUUCAAUUGAAGUGUUGUUUUUAUGUUUCUUGUGGUAUUUCUCUCCCGUGAAGUGACUUUUAAUGGUCUUUUCCCCCAGUUUUAAUACAGAUGUGAGUUUUAAUGUUAUUUAUUUAAGGUGUGUGAUUUGUUGUAAGUUAUUGGGAGCUUUCAGUCAUUCGUAUUGUAGUAGUAAGUACAAAACUCAGAGGACCCACAGCAAAUAAACAUACUGUUUACACAGAGUCUCCUUUAAACAAAAUGAAGAUUUUUAACAUUGUUUAUGUUUCAGUUUUGUCUCUUGUUUUUCUAUUAUCACCUUUUGUGUGUCUGCAGGUGUUUUCAAUAUUCAGGUUGCACAGAAUAUGUUUACUCAGACUUCUAAAGACUAACAACUAUUUUCUGUGUGAUGUGGGAGUUCCUGGCUAUUGAGCUAGUGUGGGCUAAUUUGCACUGUUUUUCAUCUCAAAAUUGGCUAGCAUGUUAUUUCUUUGAUUUUUCCCUUUAGUCUAUAAUGUACUCAUUUGUUAAUUUUGUCUUUUAUCGGUGUGAAUGGAUCAUCUUACACUCAUGUCACUGUACUCAGUUUCAGUUGCUUGUGUAUUAAGAAUGAAAGCCUAAAUUUGGAUAGAGAUUGAUUUAUCUGUGUCACAGUUUGUAUUGAGUUAAUGGGCAUAAGUGAAACAAAUCCAUUGCGUUUUAUGUUAUUGCUUUAAUCUAUCACCCUAAAUACUUUUGUAAUACUGUUCCUGAUCUAUGCAAUAAAGGUUUAA